GACGUCAUUGUGAAGCAAUUCCCUAAAUCUCAAUGCACGGUCGUGAGAGGAACGAGGCUUCGAAGCCAGAAGAGACCGCUGCUAAAGCCCUUGAGCUCCGGUCACUCCAGUCCCAGUUCAUGUCCAAUCACCAUCAAAAGAUUUACACACAGGAAGCAAUUCAAUUAAGCGCAAAGCUUCUAGGUAUCAAUCCGGAGGCCUACACGGCUUGGAACUAUCGAAAACUCGCCCUCGAGUCCCGAAUCGACGAGGACUCUGAUCCAAGCUUGGUCGACUCUAUUAUCGAUGAAGAACUUAGAGUCGUACAAAAUGCCUUGAAGCGAAACCCUAAGUCCUAUGGAGCUUGGUAUCAUCGAAAGUGGGUUUUGAGUAAAAAAGGACAUUAUUAUUCCUCCUUAGAAAAAGAGUUGCAACUUUUGAAUGACUAUCAAAAGCAAUGCCUUGUGAAUGACUAUCAAAAGCAAGACGAUCCAAAAAAGCAAGACAAUGCCAGGAACUUUCACGCUUGGAACUAUCGCAGGUUUGUUGUGGAGCUAACCGAGACGUCAGAAGAGGAUGAGUUGCAGUAUACAAAUAUGAUCAAUGAUAUUUGUUUCAGCAUCUAUUCUGCGUGGCACUAUCGUAGUGUUCUAGUUUCAAGUUUAGUGGCAAAAAAUGCUGAUGGGUUUAUGCCAAAGGAAACGAUUCGUCGUGAACUUGAUUAUGUACAUAAUGCUAUUUUUACGGACGAACUUGGCCAAAGUGGAUGGUUUUAUUACCUUUGGCUUCUUGAUCAAACUCUUAAAAUGGAGACUCCUCUUCGCUUUUCCUCAUGGCCAUCAGAUGGUUCCAUUAUCACUACUUUCUGUUCCGAGUCUGGUUCUUUUCCACUGAUUCUUUACUUUGACCAAGCCGUCAGUGGAGUUAGCUCGUCUACUGUUACUAUUGAUUCUGAACUCAAAGCCAAUGAGGAUCUUGUUUGGGAACCAGUUUCGGAUAAUAAGAACUCUCAAGUGGACUCUUGUGUAUGGGUUGCUCAUCUGAAAUUUGACAGUAGAGGACCUUGCUUUAGUCGCAAGGAAAACAAAGUCAAGGUCAGCCUUGGAGGAAUUGUUUCUUCCAUGGGAUGUAACUUGAGCACUCCUUAUGAGUUUGUAUUUACAGUACUGCACACUGUUGGAGAGUCGUCACAACAAGGCAUUGUUUCAUGGACGGAUGGUUUUAACAAUUGGGAUGAUGCACAGUCGAAGGAUUUGAAUUCUUUUAUCGCCUUAAACGCUGAUGCGGGUUUUGAGUGGCGUAAGGAAGCUAUAAAGAUAGAGAUUGAUCAUCUUCGUAAUUUGCCUGACAGCAAAUUUGGAAAGCUCAUUCUUGCAAGGCUUUUGAUGGCUGAGGAAACUAUGAUCUCGGAUGAUGCUGUUAAAGGUUUCCAUUAUACAGAAAUCCUCCAGCUCUAUAACGAUCUCAUUGCCCUUGAUUCCUGGCAUGCCCAGUACUACAAGGAUGAGCACAGUGUAGCUCUUCUCCACAAGGUGACUUCAAGCACUGAAUCCAUGUUCAGACACCUCUUUCGGUACAGGAAUAUGAACAAUAUUGUAUGUCUUAGGCUCAAUAACUUAACACUAUCUCGGAUAGCCGCGGUUGAGAAGUUGCUAUUUGUUCAAAUGUUAGAUCUCAGCAACAAUGAGCUUCAUUCAGCUGAAGGAUUGGAGGCGAUGCAGCUUCUCUGUUGCCUAAAUCUGAGUCACAACAGAAUCAUGAGCUUUUCAGCACUUGACUCUCUAAGACAUCUGAAGCAGCUUAGAGUGUUGGAUGUUUCACAUAACCUCAUCGGCGGGGAGCACCCAGUGGACACAACAAGGUACCUUUGUUCUUCGCCGCUCUCUAAUUCGGGUGAAGUUGGAAGAGAGGUGCCUUGUAAAUACUGGGAUGCGUAUUUGGUGCUUAGAGAUUUGAUGAAACUGAAGCAGUUAGAUAUUAGAGGCAACGACCUAAUAUUUUCAGGGGAAGAGUUCAGCUCUUUUGUCCGCCAGGUUGUGCCAAAGCUUGUAUGGCUUGAUGGCCACAAACUCACAAAUUAAAUGUUGUUAGGCCACUUCUUUUUACUUAAGACAAAUCUAUUGUUUUUGGUUCCAGACCUAACUAAAUAAAUUAUGGAA